GCGUCACGGAAGGUAAUGGACACGCUCCCUAAAACCAAAGGUGCCUUCCGCCUCAGUAGCCCAGACCCUCAGCAAAUUUGCAAAUCUCCGUCGUCUUCACGAGAACCCCAACCCAGAGACCGUUGCCCUAAGCGCUACGGAGCCGAGCGUUACUCCUGGUCCGUUAUCACCCAGAGCACCUACUGUUCUACCAUGGUCCACCACUGUGAAGCCCUCAACCGGUCCGUCCAAGUGGUUAACCUGGAUCCAGCAGCAGAGCACUUCAACUACCCUGUGAUGGCCGACAUCCGAGAACUAAUUGAGGUGGACGACGUGAUGGAGGAUGAGUCUCUGCGUUUUGGUCCCAAUGGAGGAUUGGUGUUCUGCAUGGAGUACUUUGCCAAUAAUUUUGACUGGCUAGAGGGCUGUCUGGGCCAUGUAGAAGAUGACUACAUCCUUUUUGACUGUCCAGGUCAGAUUGAGUUGUACACACACCUGCCUGUGAUGAAACAGCUGGUCCAGCAGCUCGAGCAGUGGGAGUUCAGAGUCUGUGGAGUUUUUCUUGUUGAUUCUCAGUUCAUGGUGGAGUCAUUCAAGUUUAUUUCUGGCAUCUUGGCAGCCCUGAGUGCCAUGAUCUCCCUAGAAAUUCCACAAGUUAACAUCAUGACAAAAAUGGAUCUGCUAAGUAAGAAAGCAAAGAAGGAGAUUGAAAAGUUUCUAGAUCCAGACAUGUAUUCUUUGUUAGAAGAUUCAACAGGUGAUUUAAGAAGCAAAAAAUUCAAGAAAUUGACUAAAGCUAUAUGUGGACUGAUCGAUGACUACAGCAUGGUUCGCUUCCUGCCUUACGAUCAGUCUGAUGAAGAAAGCAUGAACAUUGUACUACAGCAUAUUGAUUUUGCCAUUCAGUAUGGAGAAGACUUGGAAUUUAAGGAACCAAAGGAACAUGAAGAGGAAUGUUCCUCUCUGUUCGAUGAGUAUUUUCAAGAACGGCAGAACGAGUGAAGCGCUCACUAAGACAGCUGUGGUCACACCGCUGAACCCCCUUCUCCCUGAAGGAGGCAGGAGUAGAGGCUACUUGUUUGCAUGAAAAAGAAGAGAACACUGCUCUUUUCUAGGAGUAUGCCUGAUCAAGUUCUGGGGUAUUUGGAACUACUGCUCUGUAAAGUGGGGUCUUUUAUUCUAACAACGCUGGUUUGAUUUUAAAAGCCAAAAUUGCAAUAAAUGCAUGAAGAUUUGUAUAUGAUAUGAACUAGCGCCUGAGCUAUACAUUUAGGACAGGCCUGACUUUAUUUUUAUGGUUUUAUUUUUGUUGUUUUUGAGGUUUUUAUUCAUUUUUUUUUUUUUUUGAGAUUCACACAUUAUUGUAGCAAAAUAUAUUUGUACAUUCAAGACAAAUCUGGAAAGAUGUAUCUAAGACCAUUGGUCACCUUCCUAUUUUCCUAUGCCAACCAUGUAUUACUUGUAUAAUUAAAACUGUUUUGGGAACUGGGGAGAUGA